CCAGUGUUAUGCCCCCCCUUCUUGACUGGGGCUGAAGUUGUUAUGCGCUCAGCUGUAUGACCAGCUCAAGGUAUAUGAAUUUUGUGUAAUAUUUUGUCUUUUUACACCAUCUAUCCAAGGAUAUAUCAUUGUAUCACACGAGCAAGGUCAUUAUCAAGAUGCAUGUACUGCUUCUCAAAGAACCAAGAGAUGGAGAGUCUGGACCUGAUCCUUACAUCAAGGAGCUGGCGUCACAUGGUCACAAAGCAACCCUAAUUCCUGUACUGUCUUUUAAGUUUGUCUCAUUAAACACAUUGUCAGAUAAGCUUUUCCAGCCAGAAAAACACAGAGGUCUUAUAUUUACUAGUCCAAGAGCAGUGGAGGCUGUGAAGAUGUGCUUAGAAGCAGAAGAAAGAAGGGAAGAGUGGAACAGCUCUGUGAAGGACAAAUGGAACGCUAAGUCCAUUUAUGUGGUUGGGAAGGCAACUGCUGCAUUAGUACGAAAUCUGGGUCUAGACCCUGUGGGUGAAGACACAGGGACAGCAGAGGUCUUAUCACGUGUUAUCAUUGAACGAGAGGACACAAAUAUUCCACCACUUUUCUUCCCCUGUGGCUCAAUCAAAAGAGAAGUCUUGCCCACGGCUUUAAGGGAAAAUGGAGUGCCCCUAGAGACGCUGACUGUCUAUCAAACGGCUGAACAUCCAGAUCUGGAAAAAAAUCUUAAGAACUAUUUCACAGAGCAGGGUAUUCCAGCAAGCAUAGCUUUCUUUAGUCCAUCAGGAGUGAAGUUUUGCCUAGAAGUAGUACGAAGGCUGUCAGGUGAACAACUCACUCAAAUAAAGUUUGCAGCCAUAGGGCCUACUACACAAGAUGCAAUGACAGCAGAAGGCCUGUGUGUCAGCGGCACUGCAGAAAAACCAACAGCUGAACACCUGGCAGCAGCGAUAGCCAAAGCUCUGCAGUAACCAGCCACCACCACUCUAAGUCCUUCCACUCUAUCUUUUCUCUUUGUAUAUUGUAUCUGUCAGGUGGACACCCCACACGUCCAAAAGAAAAAGAAAAGAAGCCUGUGUCUUUAAAAUAAUUGCUCAACGCAUCUUUAGAAGUUGGUAUCGUCUAAAUAGUUGUAAAACCAACAGAAAGGUGACCAAUAGGGACAGAAAUAUACAUGAUGAAACAUGAAAUACAAGAUCUCUUCCUGACA